GAAUAGCAGAAAAGGUGCCACAAAAUAAAUUUGAGAAGUUCAAAUAUUCCUUAACAGUUAAGUGUUAGCCUACAAAAUGACUGGCCGGGCACGUGCACGGUCAAGAGGCAGAGCACGUGGUCAAGAGACUGUGCCACCUGGAGCGAGCCACGCCCAUGAGGCCGCGCCAGCACCGGCCCCUCUAUCAGAGGGAGAUCUGGUUGGUAGAGGCCGGCAGAAAGGUGCUCCAGGAACUUAUGGUUCAGAAGUUGUUCUACAGAUUUCAGCUGGAUUUCAACAGGUGAAACUGGGUGAAAGAGGAGGGCGUCGGCGAGAUUUUAAUGAUGCCGGAAUUUACACCAGACAGGCCAUGGAGCAUGUCAAGGAUUCCAAGUGUGGAACAUCUGGUGCUGUCAUUAGGUUGUCGGCAAACUUCUUCCGCAUUCUCUCCCGCCCUCAGUGGGUUCUGUAUCAGUACCAUGUCGACUACAAACCUCCAAUGGAGUCUCGACGCUUGAGAUCUGCCCUCCUUUUCCACCAUUCGGAAGUGCUUGGUUUAGCACGAUGCUUUGAUGGAGCGCAGCUUUUUCUGCCCCACAGACUGCAUAACAAGGAGACAGUGCUCCACAGUGAAACCAGGAAUGGAGAGAAGGUUCAGAUAACCAUCACUCUGACAAAUGAACUGCCACCCACAUCACCAGUGUGUAUUCAGUUCUACAACAUCAUAUUUAGGAGGAUCUUGAAAAUCCUCAACAUGCAACAGAUUGGGCGCAACCACUACAACCCCAGUGAUCCGCUCAACAUUCCACAACAUAAGCUGACUAUCUGGCCAGGCUACAGCACAACGAUCUUGCAUUAUGAGUCUUCAAUCAUGAUGUGCACUGACAUUAGCCACAAGGUGCUGAGAAGUGAGACAGUGCUCGAUUUUAUGGCUAACUUGAGGCAUCAGUGUGGAAACCAACGCUUCACUGAGAUCUGUUCCAAGGAGCUGAUUGGACUCAUAGUUCUCACAAAGUACAACAACAAAACCUACAGGAUUGAUGAUAUUGCAUGGGAUCACACUCCAAACAACACAUUUAAGAAAGGCGACACAGAGAUUUCCUUCAAGAACUACUACAAGACUCAAUAUGGCUUGGACAUCAAUGAUGGGAACCAGGUGCUGCUCAUCAGCCAUGUGAAAAAGAUGGGUCCUGCUGGAGGACCCCCUCCUGGCCCAGCCAUGCUUGUCCCAGAACUAUGCUACCUUACAGGUUUGACAGAUAAGAUGCGUUCAGACUUCACCAUCAUGAAAGAUUUGAGCUUGCACACCAGACUUAAUCCAGAGCAAAGGGAGAAGCGUCUGGAAAGAUUUAUUACUAACAUUCAAAGGAACUCUGAAGCCCAGGCAGAGCUGGACAAGUGGGGACUCAGCUUUGAUAAGCAACUCUUAAAUCUGACUGGGAGAGUUCUUGGAGCAGAGAGAAUUUUCCAAGGACCAAGAUCGUUUGAGUACAACCCUCAAUCAGCUGACUGGUCCAGAGAGAUGCGUGGGAUACCUCUGAUCAGUGCUCCCGCUCUGAAUAACUGGGCCAUAUUUCACACCCGUCGUAACGGCAAUGAAGCUCAGGCCCUCCUGCAGACCCUCGGCAAAGUCUCUGGUCCACUGGGCCUACGCAUACAGAGAGCUGUCAUGAUUGAGUUUGAUGACCAUCAGGAGGCUCUUCUUAAAGCCCUGCAGUAUAAUGUUGGACCUCAAACACAGAUGGUGGUAGUUGUCCUCCCCAGUAACAGAAAAGACAAGUACGACUGUGUGAAGAAGUACCUUUGUGUGGACUGUCCCAUCCCGAGUCAGUGUGUGGUGUCUCGCACCCUCAGCCGACCUCAAGCUCUCAUGACUAUCGCAACCAAGAUUGCAAUGCAGAUGGUGUGCAAAAUGGGAGGAGAGCUGUGGAGUGUGGAAAUUCCUCUCAAACAGCUGAUGGUUGUGGGCAUCGACUGCUACCAUGACACCAUAGCUGGGAAGAGGUCCAUUGGUGCUCUAGUGGCCAGCCUCAACCCCACCAUGAGCAGAUGGUUUUCAAAGUGUGUGAUGCAGCACAAAGGCCAGGAAAUCAUGGAUGGAUUGAAGAUGGCCUUAAUUGGCAAACACUUGAUGGCUGAUGGGAGGCCUUGUUUUCCAGGUGCACUGAAAGACUACCUAAAGUUCAACAACUGUUUGCCAACACGAAUCAUAGUGUACAGAGAUGGUGUGGGCGACGGCCAGCUGCACAGUGUGGUCAACUACGAGGUUUCACAGAUCAUGGACUCCAUCAAGGCCAUUGGGCAGGACUACGACCCCAAGCUGAGCGUGGUGGUGGUGAAGAAGCGCAUCAGCAGCAGGUUUUUUGCCAUGAUUGGAGGAAAGGUCACCAACCCUCCACCAGGCACCAUCAUUGACACGGAGGUCACCCGCCCAGAGUGGUAUGACUUCUACAUUGUGAGCCAGGCUGUGAGGUGUGGAAGCGUCUCACCAACCCACUACAAUGUUGUGUAUGACACCAGCGGGCUGAAGCCUGAUCACAUGCAGAGGCUCACCUACAAACUCUGUCAUUUGUACUUCAACUGGCAGGGCAUCAUCAGAGUACCGGCUCCCUGCAUGUACGCCCACAAGUUGGCUUUUUUGGUGGGGCAGAGCAUUCAUCGGGAGCCCAGUGUGCAACUGGAUAACUACCUCUUCUAUCUGUAAGAGCAGAAAGAUGAACAAACUGAGCUCAGUCCUGAAACCUUUUUUACUCAGUUGUGUGAUCUGUUUAAAAUAAGUUGCAUUUUGACAGUGUGACAGAGAAUAUCUAGUUAAUCUGUUUUUUUUGAGCACCAUCGUACUUUCUUUUCUUGUUUGAGGCUAAUUUAAAAACUGUGUGCACUUGGUACAGCCAAGUUGAGAAGGAAGUGUAUUUAGACCAAACUAAAAUGUUGCAUAAUGUGGCGCUUUGAUUAACGUUCAGAGGUAUUCAGCCUUAAUCUUAUUUCUUUUCUUCCUCCUUUCAUCAGUUAAGUAUAAGUGAGCCUCCAUGUGUUAAGUGAUAGUUUCUUCGUUCUAUGUGUGUUAGGUUGUCCUAAAAAAAAUUAAGCUUUUUGUUGAAGGCUUAAGAAGACUUGUUAGCUGUUAUUGUGAGUUACCGGUAAUAAAACUUUUAUGUUGU